UACAAACUUCUUAAGUAUUCUGUACGAACUAAGUACUUUAGUGACACGCGGGCGGAGAGGAAAGAAACAAGUGCCUGAGCCUCCCGCGGCCAAGACCGACACUUCCUCCAUGCCACAAUGAUCAUUACAUGAGCCACGUGGAAAGUCCCUGCCAGAAUUAGCUCGUGGAUAGGAUCAACAUCUCAUAUUGCAAUAUAAAGAUCCGGUGAUAUCCUUAUCUUUCACGGUAUCAAUUCAAAGGACCCCUGCGCUUGUGUCAGGUCCUGGCACUUCGCACUAUUUAGCAAGAACAGCAUCAAGGUGGAUAUCUUGCAAUGGCUAUACCGCAGGCUUCUGGAUCGGGCCCAGCUGCAGCCAGGGAAGGAGGCCAGCGUUCGCACUCCCAGCUUGACCCAACAUUGAAGCAUUUCGCGGAUCCAUCUUUUGAUCCCGUUGACUUGAUCAAUGAUGCACUCCCACCACUGACGCUUGCCUUAUCUCAGCCUCAUGCCACGAGAGCUCCUGGUUCUGUUCCGCUGUCGGAGCUGUCCAGCCAGACACAAUCUCUGCUCUCUCAGUGGAGUGCGCAGAAUGUGAGGCUCUCCAAUAUCCUCACCCAGUUGACGGACGAGAUCUUGAGAAGCAGCGGACGGCUGGCUUACGAGGUAGAGGUUCUACGAGGAGAGGCACUCGGGCUGUCAGAUGCUCUGACCGAAUCUUUGCAUGGUGAUAUCCAAAAGUUUGUCCCGGAAGGGUUGGUAGAGAACCUUGCUCAGACAGACGUCACCCAAGGGGCCACGAAUACCACGGAUCUCCCUGAAGCGGAGGACGACCAGGUGAAGCAGAAGCAGACAGCAGUAUCUGACCCGGAGUACAUCAUUAAGCUACGAACGCUGGGCCAAGUUCGAUCUCGACUGGAAGAUGUAGUGCAUCUCUUUGGGGAAGCAAUGGAAUGGCCACUGCCGCCGUCCGAGCUCUCCAUUGCCUCUUCGUUUAUUUCAGUCUCGGCGCCGGAACCACCCGGUUGGGAGAGUCAUAGUCAGGAAGAGAAGGGACAAGAGAUUGCCAGGAAGCUACGCGCAGAGAUCACCGAGCUUCUCGACAGCGAUGGUGGCGGGGAAGCAGGGCUGGAAGCAGCCCGCAAACGUGUCGAGACGAUGCGGGAGCUGGCGACCGUCUGGAAGGGCUCCGUCGAGGAGAGAGCGCGGAACCGGUUCGUUGACGGGCUGGAAAACAUGGUUGACGAUCGACGCAGAGUACUCGAACGGCAACUCAAGGAACGUGAACGACGGAGCGACGAACUUCGCCGUCAGCGUUCUCAGAAAAAGAACCGGUCAUCGAUGGAUCAGAGUGACAGCGGAGGGCCUGCGGGAGGUCUGUUCAGGAAUCUACAGCGAUUGCGGGACGAGAUAUACCUGGACUGAGUCUCUACGGUAGUAGAUACAGUGUAAACUAGAGAAAAUGAAAUAAUCUACGCGUCU